UGGACAUCCCCCGAAGGGCUCGUAAUUCUCAGAAACAUCAUAGAGCCGAUACUUCCCUUCACCGCGGAUGAAAACCAGCUCUAUGACUCGGCAUGCGUCCUUGACGGCCGAGAUGUGGCAUGUAUUUCGGCAACAGGUAGCGGAAAGACAGCUGUCAUCUAUAUCGCGGCACUUGUGGAUAAGGAUAUGAUCAGUGUUGUGGUGGAGCCAACUAAUCUGCUCAAAGAUGAUAUGUCCAAGAGUAUGGCAGCGAAAGGUAUAACCUCGGUCGUCAUCAACGCGGAACAUCUUGCUCGUGAAGCGAAGGCCGGUAGUGACCUCUGGGCAGAAGUGAAAGCAGGCAAGUUUCAAGUAAUCGCACUUGCUCCGGAGUCACUGCGAAAGCCGGAAUUCAUAGCCAUCAUGAACGACGACAACUUUCGAAAGAGGUGGAAGGUAGCCGAUGUCGAUGAAGCUCAUCUUGUAUCCGACUGGGGCCCCGACUUUCGCAACGCGUACGAAGACAUCUGGACCCUUCGUGCACUGGGACCGAAGCACCUCACGUUUGUCGCUCUCUCGGCUACACUCGAGCCUGGACGACAAACAGACCGUGUUUUCAAUAAACUCGGCUUCGUUAAAGGAAAGUAUCACCUUGAUCGUCGUGACUGCGAGCGCCACAAUGUCAACUACUCGAUUCGGUACGCGCAUACGACACAUCAGUUCCGCGACCUUGACUGGUUGGUUCCCGAACACAUGACGAAGGCUUCAGACGUACCAAAAUUCAUCCUUUUCUCCGACACUAUCGAGACUGGACAUCGCAUUGCCGUCUACCUU